AUGAACCUACCAAACAACCUAUUGGGUCUUCUCAACAUUCUCACCUUCCUGAUAUCGAUUCCAAUCGUCGUUGUUGGGGUACAGAUGAACAGGGUAAAUGGCGGUGGGGAGUGCUUCGAGUUGUUCAGGAAGCCCGUCCUUGUAUUGGGUGUGCUGAUCAUGGCGAUGUCCAUCGUGGGCAUAAUCGGCGCAUGCUGUCGGGUCUCUUGGGUCCUAUGGAUCUACCUCUUUGCUAUGCUUCUCCUCAUCAUCUCCCUCUUCAUCGUCUACGGCAUAGCCUUGAUUGUCGUGUGGAAUUCAGGCGGCGGAACUAGGCUUCCCGGGACAGAGUUGAAGGAGUACAAGCUUAGCGGCUACUCGGAGUGGUUGCAGAAUAGGGUUCAGGGAAAGAGCUGGGACACGGUCAAGAAUUGUCUCAUUGUUGGCGAUGCCUGCUCUGAGAUGCCCAAGAAUGACACUGCACUCAAGGAGUUCAAUAUGAAGGUGUUGAACCCCGUUGAGUCUGGUUGCUGCAAGCCAUUAGCUGAGUGUGAAUUUACCUAUCAGAGUCCCACCGUGUGGCAGAAGACAAAGAAUGCUUCUUCCAACUCUGACUGCAAAGCAUGGGACAACAAACCAAAGGUCAAGUGCUUCGACUGCAAUUCUUGCAGGGCUGGAAUUCUGGAACAGCUGAUAAUUGCAUGGAGGAAGGCUCACUUUUUCAAAUUUGCAUUGAUAGGGUUCCUCUCGGUUGUCUACAGUGUUGGAUGCUGCGCUUUCAAAGAAAGCAGGAAGAAACCUGACUAUUGGAGGCAAUGA